AUUGAGCGGGAGGGGAAGAGGCCAUGAUCCGGAUAAUGAUCUCAUGGCCCGGCUGCCAACGAGAGUUGCAGCCCCUGUGAGUGACGGCGCGUCUGCAGCAGUGACAGGCAGGCACGGGGUGGUCAAAAGGUGGCACUGGCCAGUCACAGGGAGAGCAGCAGCAGCGCUAGCAUCGUCUUCAUCACUCCUCCUCUCAUACUAGUGACACAGGGAGGACAGUGAUACCACAUCUCCCUGGAAGGACAGGAGAGACCGGCAGCAGCUGCAGACCGCGACACGGAGCAUUUGAUGUCUACGCCAACGGAUCCGGGUGCAAUGCCUCACCCGGGGCCUUCCCCAGGUCCUGGACCUUCCCCAGGGCCUAUUUUAGGACCGAGCCCUGGACCUGGGCCUUCACCGGGGUCAGUACACAGUAUGAUGGGUCCAAGCCCUGGUCCACCUAGUGUCUCUCACCAACUGUCUAGCAUGGGUCCAUCAGAUUACGCACCAGACAAUAUGCAUCAGAUGCAUAAGCAGCCCAUGGAGAGCAUGCAUGACAAAGGGAUGUCCGAUGAGAUGCACUGUGCUACUAUGAAGACUUCAACCAUGAGACCACCACAUGCUGGUAUGGGCCCUCCUCAGAGCCCCAUGGAUCAGCAUAGCCAAGGAUAUAUGUCUCCUCACCCUUCACCAUUGGGGGCUCCUGAACUUGUAGCUAGUCCGAUGUCAGGUGGAGGCCCAACACCCCCGCAGUUACCACCAGCUCAGCCUGGACUCAUGAUGCAAGGUGACCAACAAGUUAUAAGCCAGCCCAGCCGUGGUCCCUCCGCCUUUAGCCAGGUCCAGCUUCAUCAACUCCGGGCUCAAAUAUUGGCCUACAAGAUGCUGGCGAGAGGACAGCCAUUGUCUGAAAAUCUGCAACUCGCCGUCCAAGGAAAGAGGACACUGCCUGCAAUUCCUCAACAGCAACAACCGCAGCAGCCACCACCACAAGCACAACAGCCACCACCACAACAGCCCCCUUCUAAUUACAGCAGACCACCAAGUAUGGGAAUGCACCCAAUGGCUGUUCCUCCUGCUGGGGCAGGACCAGCCCCUGGAAUGGCUGGACAUGCUGCCAGCAUGGCUCUAAAGCCCUGGGCAGAAGGGCAAAGCUCAGAUCUUAAUGUACCAAGUACUCCUCAGAAACUUGCUGUACCACCCUCAAGUGGAAGGCCGUCCCCUGCACCACCCACAGCUCCUCCAUCAGUCGCUCUGCCAGGUCCAUCUGUUCCGCAGCCGACACCUACUCCGAUUGUUCAGCUUCAGCAGAAACAGAAUCGCAUCAGCCCAAUUCAGAAACCACAGGGCUUAGAUCCUGUUGAAAUACUUCAAGAAAGAGAAUAUAGACUUCAGGCCCGUAUUGCUCAUAGGAUCCAAGAAUUGGAAAACCUACCUGGCUCCCUACCUCCUGAUCUGAGAACCAAAGCUACUGUGGAACUAAAAGCUCUAAGACUCCUAAACUUCCAGCGCCAGUUGAGACAGGAGGUUGUGGCAUGCAUGCGUCGAGAUACUACACUGGAGACUGCUCUGAACUCCAAAGCAUACAAGAGAAGCAAAAGACAAACCUUGCGCGAGGCCCGCAUGACUGAGAAACUUGAAAAGCAGCAGAAAAUUGAGCAGGAGAGGAAGAGAAGACAGAAGCACCAAGAAUAUCUUAAUAGUAUAUUGCAACAUGCAAAAGAUUUUAAAGAAUACCACCGAUCUGUCACUGGCAAAAUCCAAAAACUUUCGAAAGCGGUUGCAACAUGGCAUGCAAACACGGAGCGGGAACAAAAGAAAGAAACUGAGCGCAUUGAGAAGGAAAGAAUGAGAAGACUGAUGGCAGAAGAUGAGGAAGGCUACCGUAAACUUAUUGACCAGAAAAAAGAUCGCCGCCUGGCCUAUCUGCUCCAACAAACUGAUGAGUAUGUCGCUAACCUGACUAGUCUGGUGUGGGAGCACAAACAAGCACAGGCAGCCAAGGAGAAAAAGAAGAAGCGGAGAAAGAAGAAAUUGGAAGAAAGUGUGGAUGCAAUGGGAUCUGGCCUUGGUCCUGAUGGAGAGCUUAUAGAUGAGAGCAGCCAGAUGAGCGACCUCCCCGUAAAGGUUAUUCACACUGAAACAGGGAAAGUACUGCUUGCUCCAGAGGCACCAAAGGCCAGCCAGCUUGAGACAUGGCUGGAGAUGAACCCGGGAUAUGAAGUAGCGCCUAGAUCUGACAGUGAAGGAAGUAGCUCGGAGUAUGAAGAGGAGGAUGAGGAUGAUGAAUCUAGCAGAUUGGAAGCAGAUGAAAAGAAACGCUUAGACCUGAACACUGAGGACGCAGGAGAACACAGUGCUAAGCAGAUCAUUGAGACCGCAAAGCAGGAUGUAGAUGAUGAGUAUGGUAUGCAAGCAGAUGCCCGCCAGUCUCAGUCGUACUAUGGAGUAGCUCAUGCAGUCAUAGAGAGGGUGGAUAAACAAUCAACACUUCUUGUCAAUGGUAGCCUUAAACAUUACCAGGUCCAGGGCUUGGAAUGGAUGGUUUCCCUAUAUAACAACAACUUAAAUGGAAUCCUUGCUGAUGAAAUGGGUCUUGGAAAGACAAUUCAGACUAUUGCACUCAUAACCUAUCUCAUGGAACACAAAAGACUUAAUGGCCCCUAUCUUAUUAUUGUUCCACUCUCGACAUUAUCCAACUGGCAGUAUGAGUUUGACAAAUGGGCUCCAUCCGUGGUGAAAAUCGCUUACAAGGGAACGCCUGCAAUGAGACGCUCUCUGGUCCCUCAACUCCGCUCUGGAAAAUUUAAUGUUCUCUUGACAACCUAUGAGUACAUUAUAAAAGACAAGCACAUCCUUGCAAAGAUACGAUGGAAAUACAUGAUUGUGGAUGAAGGGCAUCGGAUGAAAAAUCACCACUGCAAAUUAACGCAAGUCUUGAACACGCAUUAUGUGGCUCCGAGACGUAUACUGCUAACAGGAACUCCGCUUCAGAACAAAUUGCCGGAGCUCUGGGCUUUGCUGAAUUUCCUUUUGCCAACCAUCUUCAAAAGCUGCAGCACAUUUGAGCAAUGGUUCAAUGCUCCAUUUGCCAUGACUGGAGAGCGGGUGGAUUUAAACGAAGAAGAAACUAUACUGAUUAUCCGCCGUCUACAUAAAGUGUUGCGUCCCUUCUUGUUGAGAAGGUUGAAGAAGGAAGUAGAGUCGCAGUUACCAGAAAAGGUUGAAUAUGUAAUUAAAUGUGAUAUGUCAGCUCUCCAAAAGAUUCUGUAUCGACACAUGCAAGCAAAAGGAAUUCUCCUCACUGAUGGAUCAGAAAAAGAUAAGAAGGGAAAAGGUGGCGCGAAAACACUCAUGAAUACUAUCAUGCAGCUAAGAAAGAUAUGCAACCACCCAUACAUAUUCCAGCAUAUUGAGGAAUCAUUUGCUGAACAUCUGGGAUAUGCUAAUGGAAUCAUCAACGGACCUGAUUUGUAUAGGGCCUCCGGAAAGUUUGAAUUACUUGAUCGUAUCCUACCAAAGUUACGAGCCACAAAUCACCGUGUCCUGCUCUUCUGUCAGAUGACAUCACUCAUGACUAUCAUGGAAGACUACUUUGCUUUCCGGGGUUUCCUCUACCUGCGUCUUGAUGGUACAACCAAGUCAGAAGACCGUGCUGCAUUGCUGAAAAAGUUUAAUGAAGAAGGAUCAAAAUACUUUAUCUUCUUGCUGAGCACCAGGGCUGGAGGAUUAGGCUUGAACCUCCAAGCUGCAGACACAGUUGUCAUUUUUGACAGUGAUUGGAAUCCUCAUCAGGACUUGCAAGCGCAAGACAGAGCACACAGGAUUGGACAACAGAACGAGGUGCGCGUGUUACGUCUGUGUACUGUGAAUAGUGUGGAAGAGAAGAUCCUUGCAGCUGCCAAAUACAAGCUGAAUGUUGAUCAAAAAGUUAUUCAGGCCGGCAUGUUUGAUCAGAAAUCUUCAAGCCAUGAACGCAGGGCGUUUCUACAGGCUAUUCUGGAACAUGAAGAGCAGAAUGAGAGCCAAAAGAAAGAUGAACUUUCAGGAGAUAAUUCCCAAGAAGGUGCCAGUCAGGAGGAAGAUGAAGUCCCCGAUGAUGAGACUCUGAAUCAGAUGAUUGCACGUCAUGAAGAAGAGUUUGACCUUUUCAUGCGUAUGGAUCUAGAUCGGCGCAGAGAGGAUGCUCGAAAUCCAAACCGUAAGCCACGUUUGAUGGAGGAAGAUGAUCUUCCUUCCUGGAUUAUCAAAGAUGAUGCUGAAGUUGAACGACUGACUUGUGAAGAGGAAGAGGAGAAAAUAUUUGGCAGAGGAUCACGCCAACGUAGAGAUGUGGAUUACAGCGAUGCUCUUACAGACAAACAAUGGAUAAGAGCCAUCGAGGACGGAAAUUUGGAGGAAAUGGAAGAAGAAGUACGGCUGAAGAAGCGCAAGCGACGAAGAAACGUAGACAAAGAUUCUGUAAAAGAUGAUGGUGAAAAGAGAGAAAAAAAGAGAAGGGGGCGACCACCAGCUGAAAAAUUGUCACCAAACCCACCAAAAUUGACCAAGCAGAUGAAUGCCAUAGUUGAUACUGUAAUUAACUAUAAGGAUAGCUCUGGACGGCAACUAAGUGAAGUUUUCAUACAGCUCCCUUCUAGAAAAGAAUUACCAGAGUAUUAUGAAUUAAUCCGCAAACCUGUUGACUUCAAAAAAAUAAAGGAAAGAAUUCGCAAUCAUAAAUACAGAAGUAUAAGUGACCUAGAGAAGGACGUCAUGUUGCUGUGUCACAAUGCACAGACAUUCAAUUUAGAAGGCUCACAGAUAUAUGAGGAUUCAAUUGUGCUACAAUCAGUCUUCAAGAGUGCAAGGCAAAAAAUUGCAAAGGAAGAUGAGAGUGAAGACGACAGCAAUGAUGAUGAUGAUGAGGAAGAUGAUGAUGAUGAUUCCGAAUCUGAGUCAAAAUCAAUGAAGGUGAAAAUAAAGCUGAAUAAAAAGGAUGACAAGAAUCGAGAAAAGGGGAAGGGAAAGAAGCGUCAGAGUCGUGGCAAAGCGAAGCCAGUUGUCAGCGACUAUGACAGUGAUGAAGAUCAGGAGGAUAAUGAUCAAUCGGAAGGAAGUGGAAGCGACGAUGAGUGAUUUAAAUGGAACAUGUUUUCUGGACAGAUAUCUUCAUUUUCUAGUUUCAACUCAUCCAAUGAUUUUUUUCUAAAAAAUAAAAAUUACACAAUGGGGUUGUUUCCGUGCUCAUCAUCUAGAAGUAACAUUAGACUAGUGAAAGACAUACAUGAUCUCAUCGUGUAAAAAAAAAAAAAAAAAAUAUAUAAAAAAAAUUUUUGUAACAUAUUGUGACCAAAUGGGCCUCCAAUAUGAAGCAAGUCACACAUUUUUUGAUGGAAAACUGUGGAUCAGUAGUAUAUUUCUGUGGGUCGACUUUAACAUGGAAGCGGUUUCUUUGUACCUGGUUUGCUAUACUAUGGUGCAGUAUCAGCAGCGCAAAGCUGAAAAUAUAAUAUUUUGUAGACGUGAACUGGGACAAACCGAUAGAAGUAACUGGUUAUUUUAUUUUUCGUCAGGCAAUUUCAGAGUUUUUUUAUGUUGCCGUGGUUUAGUUUUGUUUUGUUCUGUUUUCAGUUUUGUUUUUAUAUAAUUUUGGUACAUAUAUGCAACUUUCAGAUACUUAUUAACUCUUUUGGUGCCGGAAGGGCCUGCAGUGUAUUGCUUUGCAUGCUAUGGCUCAGCUGGCUCACAAGGUGUUAAUAUGCAGUAAUUGUUUUCAUCAUUUUUACCCUUCCCUCCCAUUUUCUUCCACUGUAAAACUCUUUGAAAACGAAGUUCUACUAAAACUAUAAACUGUAUGGCUAAAAUAUUUUUUUUUUUUUCUAUUACAAUUUCUAUUUGUUAUGAAGAAGUUUGGGUAAACUUGUUAUUGUUGCAAACUAUAUAUAGUAUAAUGGAAUGCUUAUUUCUUCCCCGCUCCUUUUUUUUUUUUUUCUCUUCAAAUUGACCUUUGUUACCAAUGUGGAUAAUCAGCUUUUCCCUAAAGUGUACUUAAUCUUUGCUUUCUUUGCACAAUGUCUUUGGUUGCAAUUCAUAAGCCUGAGGCAAAUAAAAUCCCAGCAAUUUUGAGAAAA